AUGCCUUCCGUGAAGGACCUCCUCAUACCAGCUGUCCUGGCACUUGCUAUGGUUUCAAAUGCCGAAACAAUAACCGGUGGCCUCAACGGCAACAGCUGCCCCAGCGAUUGGCAAAACAGCAUAGUCAACAACGAUGCCAGAUGCUGCUACGGAUCUACUACUGUUGAAGAUCACGAGGGAUACUGCUGUGUCCACGACUUUUCCGUCCAUCUAGGUAAUAUGUACCAGGCACGCGAUGAUAGCAGCGACUGCUUUCCCUUCUGUUCUAUCACUACCGAUGGAUUCCUCUCAAUGACUACACAGAGUUGUGUUACAAAGGUUCCAUUUACUGCUAGUGAUUACUCGAGCGUUGUAUCGGUUGUUUCUUCUUCGCUUGCCUCCUCGAGCCCUGCUACCAAUUCUGCUAGCCAGACUACGACGGAUGCUGCGGGGUCUACGGGUCGUGUUACCUUUACUGUGGAUUCGUCUACGGGUACAUCUACUAAUGGUGCCAUGCCUCUUGCUACUGCUGAAGGUGUGGUUCUUGGAGCUGCGGCUGCUAUGCUUUUUGCUUUAUAG